CCGCCCCUCGGUCUUUUCCUCCUUCACUCCUUCUUCUUAUCUUGCUUCUUGGUCUUCUUUGAUGUUGUUUUCUUAUCACUGAGUUUUCACCGUCCACCGGUUUCCCCGCUCAAUCUUAGCGUAAAGAUUGCCUCAUUUGCGUUCCGACAUACUCCCGCGUUCGAUUUGCCGGCGUGGUUUAAAUAACAAGUUUAUUGCACCCCGAACUGAAACUUCCUUUGCAAUCAGAUCAUUCAAUGCGUGUCCACCCCUGCCAGUGGUCGUCAUAUCACUAGUUAUUUUCAUCGACACCUCUGCCUCAACCGAGCAUUUGCACCAUGAAGAUUCACCAUCUAUCCUUGAUCCUUCUAUACCUCCCCGCGCUCUCGGCCGCCGUCGCAGAUUCAGUAUCAGCCAGCGGAAGCCAGAAGGAUGCAUCCAACCUCAAUUCUGUUGGUCUAGAUGCACUCACUGCUCCAAAGGCCGCUCCCAAAGGGACGCUGGACGCCCCCGUCGACGGCAAGGAUGGCCGGCCUCACGCCGGUCCAUGGGUGGAAACAAGCGCCGAGCGGGAUCGCAAAAAGUCCGGCUCGAGUGCUUCAGCGGAGGAAGUGACCGUAGCCGAUUACAAAAUGACAGAACAUGUUGGGCCUGACGGCAAGCCAAUCCCGUAUUCCAACGAUGGAGUGAUGGACGAUCCUCACCGGACGGGUCCGAAAGAGGGAACUCGAGGAACGGAGGGUGGUGUCACGGAGAAGAUGAAGGAGAAUCCAUUCCCCGCCGAGAAGACGCCAGAUAGUCCCAAGGAGGCGCCGCCUUUGCCGCACAGCGAGCAGCAGAAGCUCCCUACGCAGAAAGAGAGUGUCGAGGUGAACGACCCGAAGAGCUUUACUGCGGAUUCCAGUCUGGGUCGGCUCGAGAAACCGGCCGACUUGCCUGAGAAACCUCACGACAUUCCGCCGCCCAAGUCCCCCGCAACGGUGAAAGGAAGCCCACUCGGUCUAGACAAAGAUGGUCAUCUUCAAGCACAAUCGGGAGACAUCCAGGAGGAAACUGCGUUCCAUUCGCUGCUGUUCUCGUUUACAAUGAUCGUGGUCUCGGAAAUCGGCGAUAAGACGUUCUUGGUGGCCGCCCUCAUGGCUAUGCGUCAUCCGCGUCUGCUUGUUUUCUCUGCAGCAUUCGGCGCGUUGAUGAUCAUGACUGUGCUCUCGGCCAUUCUGGGCCAUGCUGUGCCCACGUUGAUUCCCAAGUCUCUCACCAAGCUUCUGGCAGCGGUUCUGUUCUUCGUCUUCGGGCUAAAGAUGUUGAAGGAGGGCCGUGAAAUGUCCCCCGACGAGGGUGUCGGCGAGGAAAUGAAGGAAGUUGAGAUGGAAUUGGAGGAGAAGGAACAGCAACAAAUGCGCAUGAAUCGUCGUCGCUCUUCUGUGACUCCGCAUGCCUUGGAGGCCGGUCGCAUCGGCCGUCGUAAGUUCCGUUCAUCUGGCAAUCGCCUUCCUUCGCCUCCUGAGAGCGUUUCAUCUUCUUCGUCGCGUGGAUCGUCUCCUUCUCCCAACCGCUGGGGUGACAUUCUCACAGGCAUGAACAACCUCUUCUCGCUUCUGCUUAGCCCCGCUUGGGUGCAAACUUUUGUGAUGACCUUUUUGGGUGAAUGGGGCGACCGUAGCCAAAUUGCCACGAUCGCAAUGGCUGCUGGCCAGGAUUAUUGGUGGGUGACUAUCGGUGCAAUCACCGGUCAUGGACUCUGCACCGCUGCGGCAGUCAUUGGAGGAAGUGCCAUUGCUGGUAAGGUCAGCAUGCGAGUCGUCACCCUGGGCGGUGCUACUGCAUUUUUGGUCUUUGGCGUCAUCUAUCUCAUUGAAGCGCUUUACUAAGACUUUUUCAUUUCUUCUUGAGCCUUGCUGCUUAUCUUAUGCCGGGUCAUUUCAUACAUUUAACUCGUAAUGCAUGCAUGUAUUCUCUUAGCCUGUCUGGCGUGUUUUAAUAGAAGAUGAUUCUGUUGCUUGCUAUUUGGGUUGGCAUUCAUGGACUUGAGUUGUGACGAUCAAUACUAGAU